CUUAAAAGGCACCUAUACUACCUAAAACUGCCUAACCUCUGCCCCAGUGCCGCCUACUCACAGCGGCGGUUGGGCCGUUGGACGGACCGGGUUCUAGGCCUGGGGAAAGAGCCUAACUCCGCCGCGCUGCUGACCAAAAGUAAUGCAUAUAAUUCAUUAUUUCCCUCCCUCUUUCUCCCUGCCCAAAAGCAAGAGAAAAAAAAGAACCCCAUCGUGACCUCUGCUCUCCCCGUCCUCUUCCUUCUGCCAACUCAGCAACUUUUUUGUGUUCCGCCCGCAAAACUACAAGAAUCGCCUCUCCCCCCCAUACGCCUUGCCUGGCUCCCUUCUUCUCUCCAUCAUAUUUCUUCCCACCAACUCUAGAUCGAUGCGCCGUCAUGGAAGCCCUUCAAAUAGCACAGAUGUUGGCUGAUCUUAACGAUCUACAAGCUGCCCAAGACCAAACUGCCGCCAAGGAUCUGGUGAGCGCCAACCGCACGCUCGAUCGCAGAGACAACCUGCACCUGCAGCCACCGCCUAGGAGCGUCCCCGAGGACCGGACGGCUUCUCCUGCCGGGCGUAUGACGGACAAGUUUGGCCGUCGCAUGCUGACGCCACCAUUGACACGGACAAACUCGGGGUCGCCGUCCAUCCCCGGGACGCCGAGAGACGACCAGCGGCAGGAUGCCGACAUCGACAGGGCCACCACGCUCCUCUCUCUAUACGAGAUUCGCGCCAAGUUGAAGGAGCAGGAUAACAACAGCCUCGCUAAGGCUCGCGAGAAGAUCAAUGCUCUCGCGGCCAAGCAACAUCCUCAGCUCGUCGCGGCCGAUCAGAGACAAAAGAAACUCUCCAACCGGCUGAGCUACCCUAAAUGAAUCCAUCCUGUCCGGCUCAACCUGAGGAUUUCUGGACUGGGGGACUUUUCUUUUUUUUUCUGUUAUUAUUGAUCAAGCACACCGGCUAUCAUCACAGGCGUUACGAGGGAGGGAUUGAAUGCGAUCAGACUAGCUAGCGAUCAUGGCUAAGCGUGCACAGUUUCUGGCACAAAGAGGGUAUGAUGAACCGGGAUAGGUAGAGUUACGCUGCCUUGCUACGUACCACAGGAGGGUUGGCAAGCCUCAGCGGACCAUAAUGUUAAUGACGAUCGGAAAGACAAAAUGAAAGAUAAAGGUGUUGUUUGACACUCAGAGUAGAGCGGAUUGGGCGCACGCGAUGCGAUGUAAUGCCAUGUGAUGCGAUGCGAUGCGAUAGAUGCCGUGGCAAACCCCGUGGGUGCUGUUUGC